AUGAUUUGACAAGUUUCGAGUUUUGCUUGUCGAGGUUAAUCGUUUAUAUUGUUUGUAGCGGUAUUUUAAAGGAUAUACGUUUUUAAAUAUGUCUAAUAUCAAUUUACAAUGUCUCCUGGGAAUCCAAUGCAACGAUUUUGUUAUGAUAGCUGCUGAUCAAACAAAUAGCCAUAGUAUUAUGGUGAUGAAGGAUGACGAAGAAAAGAUUUAUAAAAUAUCGGACAAGCUUGUAAUGGGAGUGGUAGGAGAUUCCGGCGAUACAACACAAUUUGCAGAAUAUAUUGCAAAGAAUAUUCAACUGUAUAAAAUGCGCAAUGGGUAUGAGCUCGGGCCAACAGCAGCAGCGAAUUUUACUCGCCGGAACUUAGCUGAGUACCUCAGGAGCAGUUCACCAUACUUUGUGAACAUCUUAAUGGGUGGUUACGACAAGGAAAAUGGCCCUGAAUUGUAUUUUAUGGAUUAUUUAGCAUCCAGCAUUAAAGUUCCAUUUGCAGCUCAUGGCUUUGGUGGUUACUUAAGUCUGAGUGUUAUGGAUCGUUAUUAUAAAAAAGAUUUAACAGAAAAGGAGGCAUAUGAAAUACUUCAGAAGUGUGUCCAGGAAGUACACAAGCGUCUAUUUGUCAGCCUACCCAAUUUCCAGGUGACUGUUGUGAAGAGAGACGGAAUUGAAGUACUCCCUGUUAUAAAUUCUUCUUCAUUAAAGUAAUUCACACCUUUUUUAAGAUUAAAUGGUAUAAUUUUGUCUA